UUAGUAAACAUUGUUUUCGCUACUUUAAAAACUAUAUAUUUAAACGAUAAAAAAUGAGUUUUAGAAACUACAAGAGUAAAAUUGACGAAGGUGAUACAGUGAUCCUCUAUUUAAGUAAUAAUCUUCAUGCUAUAGAAGUCAAACCGGAAAUAAAAAAUAAAAAAGGUGAAAUGGUUGAGAAUGUUUACCAAACAACAUUUGGUGCUUUAAAGGUUAGAAAUCUUAUAGGAGUUGAUUACGGCAGUAGAGUAGAACUAUCAAAAGGCUGGGGGCAUGUAUUGCAACCUACACCAGAGUCAUGGUCUCUUACACUCCCACACCGGACUCAAAUUAUUUACACUCCUGACAUUAGCAUGAUAAUGUUACAGUUAGACUUGGUCCCAGGGAGCGUUGUUAUUGAAGCUGGUACUGGUAGUGGUUCUUUAACGCAUGCCCUGAUACGCCGCAUUCGGCCACACGGCCAUGUGUAUACAUUCGACUUUCAUGAUCACAGAGCAAAAGUUGCACAAGAAGAAUUUGAUGACCAUGGACUGGCAGAAUUUGUUACGGCACGACACAGAGAUGUGUUAGCAGAAGGUUUUGGAGAUGAACUCAGUGGAAAGGCAGAUGCAGUAUUUUUGGAUCUACCCAGCCCGUGGUCUGGAAUUCCUCAUGCUGUCGCUGCUAUAAAGAAUGAAGGAGGAAGGUUCUGCUCCUUUUCACCGUGCAUAGAGCAAGUUCAGAGAACUUGCUCGGCAUUGGAAAGUCAUGGUUUCCAAGACAUCAGCACUAUGGAAGUACUACAAACGGAAAUCAAAGUCACCAAAAGGACGGUACCUGUGAGAGAUCUUUCAUUCCUAAGACAUAAGAGUUCUGAAAGUCCAGUUGACGAGAAGCCAAACAGUGAGAAGAGCUUUGUAGUGGGGACGUGGCCGACCAGCACGCCGGGUCACACUGGUUACUUGACGGUCGCGACUUUACCCCCUGCUUUCAUACGAAAAAAGUGUAAUCAAGUUCAAGAAAGCUCCGAUCAAUUAAAAACAGUCGAUAACGGAGAAAAAGAUAAACCCAAUGGUGCUGAAGAAAUGUCGAUUGACGAAAACCAAUGACGUAUUAUUUUAUUAAUAAAUGAAUAAAUU